UGCAAUCGAUGGCUCAGGUUGGAGGCGCGGGGAGCGGCCCGAGGCUUGCCGGCGUGCACGCCGCGCAGCCAUGAACGACUUUGACGAGUGCGGCCCCAGCGCAGCCAGCAUGUACCUGCCGGGCUGCGCUUACUACGUGGCCCCGUCGGACUUCGCCAGCAAGCCGUCGUUCCUCUCGCAGCCGUCCUCGUGCCAGAUGACUUUCCCCUACUCCUCCAACCUGGCGCCACACGUCCAGCCCGUGCGGGAGGUGGCCUUUCGCGACUACGGCCUGGAGCGCGCCAAGUGGCCGUACCGCGGCGGAGGCGGCGGUGGCGCGGGGGGCGGCGGCGGCGGCGGUCCCGGCGGGGGUGGUGGCGGCUCCGGGGGCUACGCUCCCUACUACGCCGCGGCAGCGGCGGCAGCGGCGGCAGCGGCGGCGGCCGAGGAGGCGGCCAUGCAACGAGAUCUGCUCCCGCCCGCCGGCCGCCGGCCAGACGUGCUCUUCAAGGCUCCCGAGCCGGUGUGCGGCGCUCCCGGGCCGCCGCACGGUCCGGCGGCCGCAGCCUCUAACUUCUACAGCGCCGUGGGUCGCAACGGCAUCCUGCCCCAGGGCUUUGAUCAGUUCUACGAGGCGGCGCCCGGACCCCCCUUCGCCGGCCCGCAGCCCCAGCCCGCUCCCGCGCCGCCACAGCCCGAGGGCGCCGCUGACAAGGGCGACCCCAAGCCAGGGGCUGGUGGCGGCGGGGGCAGUCCCUGCGCCAAGGCGACUCCGGGCCCAGAGCCCAAGGGGGCGGCGGAAGGCGGUGGCGGUGAAGGCGAGGGCCCCCCGGGGGAGGCGGGGGCCGAAAAGAGCGGCGGCACAGUGGCCCCCCAGAGGUCCCGGAAAAAGCGCUGUCCCUACACCAAGUACCAGAUCCGCGAACUGGAACGCGAGUUUUUCUUUAAUGUAUACAUAAACAAAGAGAAAAGACUCCAACUCUCUCGGAUGCUCAACCUCACUGACCGGCAAGUCAAAAUCUGGUUCCAGAAUCGCAGGAUGAAAGAAAAGAAACUGAACAGGGACCGUCUGCAAUAUUUCACUGGAAACCCCUUAUUUUGAGAACUCCAGGAUGUACCCCCUCCCCAGAGCCCCACUCACCCACCCUCCUCCCCACCAGCCUGCUCUCAGCAGGCCCAAUGUCCUUGGGUUCAAUGACGCCUCUUCUCUGUGGAACUUCACGAUUUCUUCUCGCCUUCAACUCGGGACCUCCCAGCGACCACUACAGCCUGAGGAAGAGGCCCGGAACUUGGCUGUGCGGAUCCUAAUAAGGGGAACAUGGUAAAUGUAAACAUCCCUUUCCAAUUUUACCGCCAAUGCGCUGUUGUUCCUCUCCUCCCUCUCUGAGUCCUCAACGCGGCGAGAUCUGUAGGAAGUUAGGCCAUGGGGCUAGAAGGAGCCAGUGUUUUGUUUUGAGUUUAAGAAAUCCCUUUCUUUCCCUUCAGUGAACACAGAUUAUUUAAACUCUGGGAAAUGUACCUUUGGGCAUGAGUCACUGUCUUUUUGUGUGUGAAUAAAUGUUUUCUAGCAAAAUGGAGGUCCCAGCUUCAAUACACUGCAUGAAUUUUACUGUUUGAAGAAGUUUAGUGGCUGAUCAGGCUGUCUUAGUGACCAGAAACCCCUUCCUCAUGCAACUGAAAGCCCGCUGGGACACUUUUUAAUCUCACCAUAGUAGGAAUUGGUCCUUCACACCCCCUGUAGGCUACACUGGCUCUAAAAAAUCAUGUUAGUGUUACAUUUCUGAAUUGAUGCUGUGAUCCAGCAGUGCUGGUUGUCUUUUCUUCUUCUUCUUCUUCUUCUUCUUCUUCUUCUUCUUCUUCUUCUUCUUCUUCUUCUUCUUCUUCUUCUUCUUCUUCUUCCAGGCAAUGAGAUUGAAGCAGUAGGAGUCUAAGAGCAAAUUCUCACCCCACCCCCACCUCUAGUCUAAUGAACUUGGAAUUUUUGGAAGGAAAAAACAAAUUUUAAACUUAAUUAGAGGAUCCAAAUGAUCUCUUAACAUGGUGACAAGGAGCUAGAGUUUCUUAAGAAGAAGAAGGGGGUAAAAUCCUCCUUGUGAGGCGGGGGAAGUUUGUUAAGAGGAAGUUAAUAGGUGCAGGGACUUGGGGUCUUUCUGAUGUCAUGAAGCAGGGACUGUGAACCCCCCUCACUGGACUAAGGCUGCAAAACUGCUUCUCACCACAUUUAUCGCUUUAAGUUAAAGAAUGUGGUGAGGGCUGCAGUGCCCUUUAUGUCACAGGACCAAGCCAGGCUGUUUACAAAACCUUGAACUGUCUAGACAACACCAUAAAACCCAAAGUUCUAAACAGCUUAAUUGGGUUAUAUUAUACACCUUCUGGUGGGCCCAAAAGAGAUUUCCGCAAUGUGCAAUAAACUGGAGACGUGAGAAAACCUCCUCUUGAUCUGACCAGAGUGAAGUGGAUCUCAUGACUCUUAACCUCUCAGAAGCCCAAAGUCUAAAAAUAAAUCCAUAAGAUGCACAGCAGCUCAUGCCUCUUCUGAGGAAGUAUGCUUUUUAAAAUAUGAAUUUUUUAAAUUGCCAAAGCUUUGGGGGGGGUAAAGAAAAACAUAAGUGUAUAAGUGUAUGCCUUUGAACUUCCAAAAUGUCAAGGUCAUCACCUUUAACCUCUCUGAAUAAUUAGGCGCCUUAAAGUUCUUCUGUGAUUUCUAACCACCGCCCAGGCUCAUACAUCCAGACCCACACACAUAUUUAUGACCAUACAGAUUCAUACUGGGGGUUCACCAUAAAUCUAGGAAAAUUCCUAAUUUCAGGAUCAAUAACUAUAAUUUCCCUCCCAACAUUUGAGUAAUUUAAUAGCAACUGACUUCUUAGGAAAAAAAAAAACACUUGUUAGAUUAAAAUGCCCAUUAACUAUUACUAGAGCUAGGGUGUACUGAGAAUUUGGGAAGAUCUUAGAAAGAGUUUCUCUUUGCUGUAAUGAAGAGCUGCAGUUUUUAAAAAGACAUUUGACAGAGUAAAUUCUGAUUAGACUUACAUCAUCUCUAGCAUUUGAAAGCAAUUUGCCACCCUGCUAAAUAAACGCUGGCACUUUAUAAAAUAUAGAACAAAGUAAAAUAUAGUUAUAUUGUUUCGUAAACGCAUUUCUAAAUCUUUGGUAAAGGAUAAAAUAGAAACAAAGCAGACAAUCAAAGUAUUUCACUCAGAAAGUGAUUAUUUUGUUUAGAAUUCUGGGCAUUGGUUUACCUGUAAAUACCCUAAUAAUAUGAUCUUUCUGGGAUCAUACUGUUUGUUUGAAACAAACCAUAAAACUGGUUUGUUUCUUUUUCUUUAUCUUUCUUUUUUCUUCUUCUUUUAACUGGGUCUAAAUGUACAAGCUGUGUGCCAGCCAGCACACUCCAGGCAAACGAGAGAAACACUAUUUUCCAUUUGUAAGAACUUCUACAGCCACACGAGGGCGCGCUCAUGUUCCAGAAACCUUAUUUGCCAAGAGGCUGCGGUACCUUUUUUUUUUUUUUUUUUCCAAUCCUAGAGUCUAAUAAGGAAUCUUGGCCCGCCCGUUAGAAACAGGCAGUCGUUAAGGUGUUUGCUAUUUGCUUGUUCCAACCAGCUGUGAGUUUGAGAAGUUGUAGAGAGACAGAGGAAAAGAGGCAACCAGUCUUCCGAAACAGGAGAUCCCCCUAAUCGUUGUCUCCUUAAAGUCGCUAUGAAAAAGACCUUGGUAUAUAACCUGAUGGUGUCAAGAAAAUAGUUUUAAAAGACAAAUAGCUGUGGUUUGAAAUACGUCAUAGCCACUGGGAGUUAAUUAAUUAGGAAAAUCUAUUUUCAUGUUGAUUUGAGUGUGGAGAGCGAUGACAAAUAUAAGACCCCUUCCCAUUUCCCCCAAACCGCACGCGUCUUGUGAGCUUUCAGAUGGCUGGGAUGAUUAAACGGCUUUUGUUUAAAACAGAUUAGGGCGUUGGCAACUUAGCUGAGCAUGUACUU